AUGAUCAGAAGAAGCUUGGCACCACCUUGUUAUCUGCACAUGACCUCUCCUGAGGCAUCUGUGGCAAAAAACAAAAAAAAGAAAAACGACAAAUUAAACAAGCACCUCAGACUGCUGCAUUUGAAAGCAGAGCUUCAGGACAGGGACACUCUCCACAGAGUCGUUUCAGGCAAAGGUCACAUGUGUGCAUAUAAAAUCAUUCCUGAAAGCAGUGCCUUUGUCCCCCGGCUAUCUCCGAAUGGAGCCAUUGUCCUGCCGGGGGCAGCUGGCACCCUGACUUCAGCCACGCUGCAGCGGGAACUGAGGCCCAGAGUGGCCGGGCAGCCCCCCGGGAUCCAGCCUGGGGCCAGGGCAGCCACGACCUCCCCAGGGAAGCACAUCUGCCGGGAGCUGCUGUCAGGGACAGGGCAAAGCAAAGCUCCCACGUUGAGCUUCAGUCAUGGAGAAAAAAGACCCGCUGGUACGGUUAUAUCCUUGUUUGCUUUUGCCUUUGGAGUAAAUGUCUGCAUGGGAUUUACAACAAAUCGAUUUAGGAGAUCCGAAGAAUGGGAUGAGGGGCCGGUCUCAGUCCUGUCAGAUUCCCCCUGGAUCAGUACCUCUGGCUCCUGCAAAAACAGGUGCUUUGAACUUCAAGAGGCAGAGCCUCCUGGCUGCCGCUGUGACAACCUGUGCAAGAGCUACAACAGCUGCUGCUUCGACUUUGAUGAGCUGUGCUUGAAGACAGCUCGGGGCUGGGAGUGUACCAAAGAUCGUUGUGGAGAAACCAGGAAUGAUGACAAUGCUUGUCACUGCUCUGAAGACUGCUUAAGUAGAGGAGAUUGUUGUACUAAUUACCAAGUCGUUUGCAAAGGAGAAACCCACUGGGUGGAUGAUGACUGUGAAGAGAUAAAGGCUCCUGAGUGUCCAGCAGGCUUUGUUCGUCCUCCUUUGAUCAUCUUCUCUGUUGAUGGUUUCCGUGCAUCAUAUAUGAAGAAAGGGAACAAGGUCAUGCCCAAUAUUGAAAAACUGAGAUCUUGUGGAACGCAUUCUCCUUAUAUGCGACCUGUCUACCCUACAAAAACCUUUCCCAACUUGUACACCCUUGCUACUGUAAGUCCCUGGAUUUGGAUUACUGCAGCCAAGCAAGGGGUGAAAGCUGGCACGUUCUUCUGGUCUAUUGUCAUCCCCCAUGAGCGCAGAAUAUUAACAAUACUGCAGUGGCUAACCCUUCCAGACAAUGAAAGGCCUUAUGUUUAUGCUUUCUACUCUGAGCAACCAGAUGCUGCUGGCCACAGAUAUGGUCCUUUCAAUUCAGAGGAGAGUAGUUAUGGCUCCCCUCUUACUCCGCCUAAGAGACCUAAGAGAAAGCUUCCUCCUAAGAGGAGACAGGAAAGACCAGUUGCAGCUCCAAAGAAAAGAAGAAAAGUACAUAGAGUGGAUCAAUAUUCUACGGAAACUCGUCGGAAGAAAAUGAUGGUGAAUCCUCUGAGAGAGAUUGACAAGACAGUAGGACAACUAAUGGAUGGUCUGAAACAGCUGAAACUACAUCGAUGUGUCAAUGUCAUAUUUGUUGGAGAUCAUGGAAUGGAAGACACUACUUGUGAAAGAACUGAAUUUUUAAGCAACUAUCUGACUAAUGUGGAUGACAUCAUUUUGUUGCCUGGAUCUUUAGGGCGAAUUCGCCCUAGGCCUAGCAAUAACCUAAAAUAUGACCCUAAAGUGAUUGUUGCCAACCUUACAUGUAGAAAGCCAGACCAGCACUUCAAGCCUUACUUGAAACAGCACUUGCCCAAACGCUUGCACUACGCUUACAACCGAAGAAUUGAGGAUGUUCAUUUACUGGUGGAUCGCAAAUGGCAUGUAGCAAGGAAAGCUGUGGACGUUUACAAGAAACCAACAGGAAAAUGUUUCUUCCAUGGAGACCAUGGCUAUGACAACAAGAUAAACAGCAUGCAGACUGUCUUUAUAGGUUAUGGCCCCACCUUCAAAUACAAGACCAAAGUACCUCCUUUUGAAAACAUUGAACUUUACAACGUCAUGUGUGAUCUGCUUGGAUUAAAGCCUGCUCCCAAUAAUGGCACUCAUGGAAGUUUAAAUCACCUUCUGAGAGCCAAUGUUUAUAAACCAACUGUGCCGGAUGAAGUUGCUAAACCACUGUAUCCUGUAGCCCUACCUUCUGCAUCAGAUUUUGAUAUAGGAUGUACAUGUGAUGACAAGAAGAACAAAUUGGAUGAACUCAACAAGCGCUUUCACGUCAAGGGAACAGAAGAUAAGCAUCUUUUAUAUGGGCGCCCUGCAGUACUGUACCGCACAAAAUACAAUAUCUUGCAUCACCAUGACUUUGAAAGUGGCUACAGUGAAACAUUCCUGAUGCCUCUGUGGACAUCCUACACUAUUUCCAAACAGGCAGAGGUAUCAGGUGUCCCAGAGCACCUGUCCAGCUGUGUGAGGCCUGACCUGCGCAUUUCUCCAGGAAAUAGCCAGAGCUGUGCAGCCUACAGGGGCGACAAACAGCUCUCCUAUGGCUUCCUUUUCCCUCCUCAAUUAAGUUCCUCUGCAGAAGCAAAAUAUGAUGCUUUUCUAAUAACAAAUAUCAUUCCAAUGUAUCCUGCCUUCAAAAAGGUAUGGAACUAUUUCCAAAGGGUUUUGGUGAAGAGAUAUGCCACUGAACGAAAUGGAGUCAAUGUUAUAAGUGGACCAAUCUUUGACUAUGACUAUGAUGGUUUACAUGACACACCUGACAAAAUAAAACAGUUUGUGGAAGGCAGCACAAUCCCUGUUCCAACUCAUUACUAUGCCAUCAUAACCAGCUGCUUAGAUUUCACUCAGCCAGCCGACAAGUGUGAUGGACCACUCUCUGUUCUCUCAUACAUCCUUCCCCACCGGCCUGACAAUGAUGAGAGCUGCAAUAGCUUGGAGGAUGAAUCUAAGUGGGUUGAAGAUCUUCUUAAGAUGCACACUGCACGUGUGCGUGACAUUGAACAGCUCACUAGCUUGGACUUCUUCCGAAAGACCAGUCGCAGCUACACAGAAAUCCUCUCCCUAAAGACAUACCUGCAUACGUUUGAAAGUGAAAUUUAGCUUUCUAACCUUACUCAGUGCAUCCUUUUAUCAACUGGUGUAUAUUUUUAUAUUGUUUUUAUAUUUAUUAAUUUGAAACCAGGACAUUAAAAAUAUUAGUAUUUUAAUCCUGUAUCAAAUCUUAAAUAUUAAACCUUUGUGUCAUUUGUUUUGUUUCUCUAAUGUUUAAUAUAGGUAUGUCUCUUGGUUGAUUUAGUAGUGCUUGUAAUACUGCAGUUUGAGUCCUUACUCUGAGCUUUUAAGUGGUGCUGCAAGGUUUGAUGCGUGCAUCAAGGAAAUAUUAAUUUUCCAUGCUCCUUUACAACACUUGUAGUCCUGUACUGUAUAUCAAAAUACUGAACAUGUAAGAUUACACUCAUUUACUGUUAACUGUGUGACAGACAUAUUUAAACACUAUAGACAAAUAGCAUCUUAAAUAUAAUAAACCACACAUUCAGUUUUU